GGAGGAGCGGCGGCAGCGGCGGCGGCCGCAGCCACAGCAGCGCUGGGAAACUCGGCUGCCUGCAAGGAGCCAAGGCCGCUCAGGGCAGCAGCCGCGGCCCCCGCCGCCGCCGCCAUGAACCCCAACCGCACCGAGAGCGACUGGCAGGGACUGGUGAGCGAGUAUCUCGUGUGCAAAAGGAAGCUAGAAAGUAAGAAGGAAGCCCUGCUAAUUCUUUCCAAGGAGUUGGAUACAUGUCAACAGGAAAGGGACCAGUACAAGCUAAUGGCUAAUCAGCUACGGGAAAAGCACCAAUCGUUGAAAAAGAAGUAUCGGGAACUCAUUGAUGGUGACCCCUCUCUUCCUCCUGAAAAAAGGAAACAGGCUAACCUUGCCCAGCUCCUGAGUGAUUCUCGGGAUCGAAAUAAACACCUGGGAGAAGAAAUCAAAGAACUUCAACAGAGACUGGGAGAAGUACAAGGAGACAAUAAGCUCCUUCGGAUGACAAUAGCAAAACAAAGACUUGGUGAUGAGGAGGUUGGGGCACGCCACUUUGCACCACAUGAGCGUGAAGACCUUGUCCAGCAGUUGGAAAAAGCAAGAGAGCAGAUUGAGACUUUGCAACAUGAUCUUCAAGCAGUGCUGGAUGAGCUCCAAGAUGUAAAGGAAGAACGCUCCUUUUACCAAGAUAAGUCCGACAGAUUAAACCAAGAGCUUAACCAUGUUCUCGGGGGACAUGUAAAUCGCAUUAUUGAUGUUGAUGCCCUUUGUAUGGAGAACAGAUACCUUCAUGAACGAUUAAAGCAAAUUCAAGAAGAGGUCAACAUUCUUAAAUCAAAUAUUGUGAAAUAUAAGAAUGCUCUAGAAAGAAGGAAAAAUUCCAAGACUCAUAGUAAGUCAAACAGCAGUGCACUAACCGGAGUCCUUUCUGCAAAGCAAGUCCAAGAACUCUUAUCAGAAGAUCAUGGAUGUAGCCUACCAGCCACACCACAGUCCAUUUCUGAUCUUAAAUCUUUGGCUACAGCUUUGCUAGAGACAAUCCAUGAAAAAAACAUGGUCAUUCAGCAUCAAAGGCAAACGAACAAAAUCCUAGGCAAUCGUGUAGCAGAGUUGGAGAAAAAGCUGAGAACAUUAGAAGUCUCUGGUUUGUGGAGCCUCCCAGGUGGUAAUGAUGUCCUAACAUUCAGUGAUCCUGCUCUUCCUGUUAUACAGAGUUCUCAGUCACCAUUGCUAACUUUCACUGAUCAGCUGCUGCAGAAGACAGAAGGAGAACAAACCAAGGAACUGGAGGAAAUGUGCACUGUUAAAAGAGAAUUGAUAUUUCCAGAGGAAACAGCUGUAGUUUCUGAUGAUUCCCAUGCAAACCAAAACAACAGUAACAAAGCCAAUCAUUUUCAUCCAUCAUUGUCCCAGUUUUCUUCUGAGGAAGAGGAUGCAAAUGGCUUUGGGAACAGUGCUGCUAAGCUGACAGUAGAACAGGCAGCUGUGGAACUGGAAGGGAGCCGAGCAGACUGUCUGACAGAGAGCCAAACAGCAGGUCAGCCAGAGCCCAGUAGACCACCGGAAGGAGAAAUCCCCUUGUCCAGCCCUCAUCCCUUGGACUCCACAGAACCAUCCAGCCUGGAGAAUGGACAUGACAACAGCAGCCAGACUGUAGAAGGUGAGAGAGAAGCCUCAGAAAAGAACACUGAGGCCACUGGUGAGAAAAGGGAUGUAAGAGGUGACACGGCAGGCAUUAAAGUGGAUGAAAAACCAGCUCUUCCACUGACAAACUUAAGUAACGUCCCGGAUGAGAACCCUGAAGCGGUUUAGUGUUCGCAGCCUAUACAAUCAGUCAUCCUGAUCUCGACCCACUGUGAAUGUUUGGACCAUGAAUUUGUUUGCUGAAGGAAUGUUUGCUUCCUCAAGUUGCCUCCUUGUUUGUCUGCUGAAAGUAUUUUUUUUCCUCGGUUCACUGGGUAUGUAAAGACCAAACAACUCUAGAUAAAUAUGAAAAGGGAGCAGGAUUCAAAUGAGGGCUUUCAAAAUUCUGGCCUCUGCUAUUUGCUGUGAUUAACGUUAUCAGAUAGAGUGACAUAAUUGAGAGUAAUGGGACUCAGCACCCAUCAUUAUGCUGCAUCGUGUCCGUGAUCUCUCUGUCUCUUUGGUAUGUAUAUUUUUGGCAUAGUGCGUGCAUGAAUGUAUCUUAAGAGUCUGAAAUGUCAGGCAGAGGGGGAGUGUGUUGCGGUUUUGUUAAGCAGACAGAAUCAGAAUGAUCACGUAUAAAGGCUCCAAGGAGCUGGCUAGUUUGCUUUUCUGCUUUGUCCAAACAGGUUACUACUACCAAUUAUCAAACUGUAUUGAUUAUAACUGGUUGCUGCCCAUACACAGUCUCUGGCCACAUGUCACAGGUUUUCUCUCUCUCACCUACCCAUUUCACUGUUUUUCUUAAAUAAGUACAAUUGUGUUUUUUCCAGUAAGUACAAUGGGACUGGAAGAACAGUGGAAAAGGAUGCUGUGAUCCCCCUACUGAAGUAUGAUCCCCCUAGUUUGCCUCUUCUCUUUGAGUGCCUCCCUUUUCCCUACACUCCACAUUCUAGUUCUUUUCACUUCUAGUCUGUCUGCCUCCCUCUCUCUCCUCCACUUUUUUAUUUCUGUAUUCCACAUAAUGCUGGCUAACAGAGCCUUCAAUUUUAAUUUCCUUUAGCCCAUUCAUUUUUCUAGACUUGGCUUAUACUUUGGGUGGUAUUUGUUCCUACAGUCCAUAAGCGGAAGCUGAGAUCCUUUCAUGUUAGAAUAGCUUCCUUUGAACCUAAAGAAGGGAGAGUUGGAAGCUGGAUGCCUUCUCUGCUUUUGUUUGGGCAAUGUUAAACUUAAGUGAAUAUUUGUGAAGAAGGGAAGGUUGUCUUUUUUCCCCUACUGCUCCAUUUGCCUUGUGGAUGGGAGUUCAAAUUACUUUCUUCAUAGCCAUUUCCCCUCUUAAAUUCUUCCUGUGGUGGCAGUCAAUUAACUUCCACUGGGAGAGAUUCUUGCGGGCUUCCUGUGCCUCUUGCAUAGCCUCAUUCCAAUGAUACUGAAAUGUUUCUCUGUGGUUCCUGGUAGGACAAUGGCUGUGGAAUAUUUAUUGUGGAUAUUUUGCAGCUGUUGAACUAAAGGGAGGUCUGAUUUCAGUUGUUCUGUGUUUUUUGCUUUUUUUCCAAAAUAGGAAGCAAUCUCGGCAGCUGUAGAGCUUGUCUGGGCCUCCAGCCGUAGAUGCAAUUUUCCUGCUGGCUUGGGAACCUAAUUGUCUGUAAAUGUUCAUUUCUCACUCUUAGAACUUAAAACCAAUUGGAGAGAGGAUUAAUCCAAAUUUAACAAUGCCGCUCAUAAGAAAGGAGGAAAUUCUUCCUGUGUUGAGCCCUUAUUUGACAAAAUAAAUAUCUGCCAGCUGCACAUUGUUACAGUCUGCUUGUUAGCAGGUUUGUAUUGGAAACAAUGGCAGAGCCAGCUCUUGGAAGCAAACUGAGCUAGCCAGCAAGCAUUGCUUUGAUCAGAGGACUCCAAUGCAGAGGCAGCCUGUGCCCUACAGAAAGGUUCACAGGAACCCUCACAAGAGCCUCCACAUGCUUAGAGUCCUCCAGCUGGCUAUGCAUUGUUACAGCUUUUCCCAGCCUGACUCCCAACAGCUCCAGCAAGAAUGGGCAAUGGCCAGAGACGGUGGCAGUUGAAGGCCAACAUAUUUGGAGAGCAGCAGAUUGGGAAAGACUGACAGGCAGCUAGUGAGGCCCUGCUGCAGCCACCUCUUCAUGCCCUUCGUCAUCCUUCUUGCGGAGCACCAGGGACAGCACAGUGGGGAGCAAGGAGUAGCCUGACAACCUUCUACUGACCACUGCACAUGUUAGAACCACGAGCUGCCAGGGCAAGCUGGGAGGCACCUAACUUCGUGGCAGCUUUUUAGGCCAAAGAUUGCAAAAUCUUUAAACAGGAUCAAAUGACAGCCUUUUCAAAACAGGAAAGUUGCGUGCAAGUCUUUCUUUACUUUCCCCAUCUGUUCCAUCACUGUGCAGGCAAAACACUUUUUUUUAAUCCUCUGAAAUGCUAUUUCAGUGCUGCUUUGGUCUUGGGCAUUGCAUUAUGCUGCUAUUUGCAUCCCACUCUUUUUGAACAAAACUGGUUUAUUCUAAAUUAAAUGCUUUUGUCUUCUCCAUUAAUACUAAUAAAAGUGCAUUCAUUUAUUAGUCUGCAUAAUUUCAUUCCUCAUACAGCAAUGGAGGCGAAGGGGGAGGAUUACCUUAUCUCUUGAAUUUGUGGCACUGUUGCUUUUAUUGAUAGAGUAGCUGACAAUGUUAUCGACUCACUACAGUGUUUGUGCUUUUAUUGGUAAAAUAACAGAUAGCCUUAUUGUCUCAAUUUGUUGUUAUAGGAAUGACAAAACUGAUACAGCAGGAAGAGUAAUGAAUAUGCACUGAACUCAUGAAUAUGAAAUUCUGGAAUUUUGCUUGUCAUAAAUAAGGCAUUCCACAUCCCAGUGUUCAUUUCAAGAUAUAUAUUUCUUUCUGGUUUUGUCACAGCCUGAUAAGGACUACAGCUAAUGCUGAUGAAGUCCUAGUGUAGAAAAGUAGUCAACAAGGGACAGCAUCUGGCAGCUUUAUGCAAACAAGACUAUGCCAUGGCCAAUGUUUUGCACUGCUUUAAGUGAUGGCGUUGGGGCUGCCAUUUGCAUUUUUAUGUAAAGGCUUGUGUGGAUCCCAGCUGUGCCACAGGAAAUUUUGACAUUUGAGUUCAGUGGCAUCCAUUGAAUAAGAAAGAUGCUGUUACAAGGAGAAACUCAGGUAAGGUUCUAUAUGUGUAAAAGCAAAUACAAGUCACAACCAAGACAGGUCUAUAAUGGUGGACAUAACUGUUAAGAUAAUUAAGGCAGGCAUGCCACGUUCUAAAAAUUAUACUGUGCCUUAGGAAUCCAACUUCAAUAAUCCAAAAAGUGGGGUGUGAUUUGGUAACCAAAAUAAUCAAGCACAAAGGAAGUCCAGGGGCAUGGUGGCCGCUGAUGAUAUUAGCUAUUACCCAGACCACGGAAUAGCAUUUUUCUUUCACCAUAGCCAUAUAUCACUUGCACAUAACCAGGUAUAAAUAUAAUUCUCCUAUAUCUAGACUGCUAGUUCUCUGGACUACUCUUUGGCCACCUAAUGAUAAGGAAGGACUCACUGGAGAAGAGCCUAAUGCUGGGAACAAUAGAUGGCAAAAGAAGAAGGGGACGGCCGAGAAUGAAGUGGCUAGAUAGAGACACUGAAGCAUGUUGCGUGAGCUUAAGUGGACUCUGGGGGAUGGGGAGGACAGGAAGGCCUGGAGGAAUGUUGUCCAUGGGGUCAUGAUAGGUUGGACACGACUUUGCAACUAACAACAACAACAAGUUCUCUGGAUGCUUGGGGUAUUCCAUCAAUUAGUUCAAAAGAUUGCCUGAUGUUGUCAUGAAGCUCUGUCUAUAAUUGUCUUCUAGAUUUAAUUUCUAUCUGCUAAACUUUCUUUGCAUUAUUCUUGAAAGCUGUAAAUUCUCAUCCUUUUUGGCCUGCUAGCUUGUUCAGUUGCAAAGUCAUGCCUGACUCUCAUGACCCUGUGGACAACAUUCCUUCAGGUAAGAGACACCUGACUGAAUUCAUAUGAUGCAACAACUCAGGAAGGAUCGUUUUGCUGUGUGAACACAAACCAGUUCCCAUUGGGUGGCUUGUUUGAGGGCAACAGCCAGCCUUACAAUUUAUAGCUUGUUCCAGAGAUGGUUGUUCCAAGAGUGGGUUGUUGUGUUGGCUGAACCUAGACAUGGGUCCCUGUUGUCCAUAUCAGGGCUUGGCCAGUGACUUGUCCAGGUAUCCACCAGUGCCAGCCUCUCAAGCAAUAUUUAAGCGGCACCGAAGGAAAGCUAGCACCAGCCUGCUGCCUUCCCUACAAUUGCGAGGCAGUUUCAUCUUUCUGUGGUUUUUUUAUACUUAAUUCUCCAUUUUCCCCUGAGAUCAUAAAACCUGUCUGGACAGCUGACUUCUGUGAUCCCCAUUUGAAUAGCUACUGAUAAGCCCUUAAAAGUGCCUGAGACCUGUCUGGCAGAACCUUUCUUUUGAAGGGUGUAUUUUUUUCUCAACUAGGUUCAGUCUUUAUUUCUUUUCCUUCUCUUUUUUUAGUUUAACCGCAGUAGCAUGAGUGUUGGAAUUUGAAACCUUGGCUGGGGAAAUGACCUUGGAGAUACUUGCUGCCAAGGUACAUUGGACAUUGCCCCAAAGAGGCUCAAAAUUAUUACUAGCCUCCUUUUGUUUCCACUGUUAAAGGGUGAGCUGUCAAGAGAAACCAAAAGCACAAGUGAUCUUUGCUCAUGAAAAGGAAGAGGUGUUAUUUAUAUCUCCCUUGCAGCAAAAUCCUCAUUUUUCCUAGCCUGACAGAUCUCAAAAUGCAGCACAAUCUGCACUUUUUUUUUUUGUUUUGAAACUUUAGGUGCUCAUGGAAGUGCAAAAGUGUUUCCUGAUUUUUCUGCGGGAAUGGGCUUUGAACAGCUUUAACAGCUAGCUGUCAAAACUCUAGAACCCUUUAAAAGUUGGUUUCAACAAAGCAGUUUUUUUUAAUUGGAAGCUGUAACUGAAUACUGUAUCCAACGUUAGUCUAACCAGUUUUAUUCAGGAAGUCUGCACUGGGUAUGACUAACAUUGGAUACAACCCCAUGUAUCCUGUUACUAGUUUGGACCUAGCAGAAUCUUCUGUACAUUUACUUGCAAAUGACUCAUAUUGUAUUCAGUGGGGAUUAGAAUCAGUGUCAACAACAUUGGUUUAUGUAUCUGAGAACAAUGCAGAAGAUGUUGUUUCUUACAGAGACUGUAAUACAUUUAGAUCCUGCUUUCUUGGUAUGGGCUUCAUCUUUUGGUAUCUAGACAUGUUGCCUUCAUCAAAAUCUUAGAAAGCUUUUCUUUUUAUUUCACAGAUUAUAAUACUGUAGUUCCAUUCUCUGUGCUCAGAAUUAUUAAAGGCAAACACACACCCUCCUGGUGUUGCUGAGUGCCACCUUUUAUUUCUCCCAGUGAUGGAUUGCCAUUCAGUUCUAUGGGGGAUACAGUACAAUGAGAGUCAAACCUCAUCUGCCCCAUCCAUUGUCCUGCACUUAGUGUUCCUACAGAGCAGUGCAGCUUGCCCACCAUAAUGCUGGACUUUCUGGUAGCAGUAAAAUAAAAUCCAUUUCCUAUGGGCUUUGCCAAAGUAUGUGACCAAGAGACAGACUGCAGCAUGGAGCUAUAUGGACAGACUCCAUGCUGAUCGGCUCCCACUGAGUUAUGCGGAGCAGAGCAAAUGGGAUGUCAUCUGGGACACAUGGUACAUACACUGAAGUCACUGGGACGAUGGGCAUAGCUCAGAAUAAAGGGAGUCCAACCACUUCUCUUCACCUUCGCCGAAAUGACUGAAUAGCUACUAUUAACUUUCAAAUAGGCAACAUAAAGUAUUAUUUUAUGAACAUCAAAUAAUAUUUGAGAGUGAGCCCUGCCCCAUUUUGACCCUGAAUGGUCCUAGUGUCAUCAAGGGAGACCGCAUGGGAUGUAUAGUACUCUGGCACUGUUAGGCUGCAUCCAGUGGUGUUGCUUUACUCUUUGAUGUAGUGGAAAUUUCCAUUACUGGGCUAACAGGAGAGGGAUUUUUUUGUUGAUUUUUCCUCUCCCCUGUGCUGCAUAUCUCUCACAUUAUUGAAGGGUCUUCCAACCUUCUGAAGUAGAUUUGAGGAGGUGGGCAGCAAAAAUGACCUUCCACUUUAUUCUGCUGAGGGAAGACUCUGCUGGAUCCAAGAGCUUUUCCAUCAGUGGAAGGACAUCACUGGCUCCCAUCCAGCGCAACAUGUAGGUCCUCCCUUUCAUAACCGCAUACAAUUACAACAUUGCAAAGACAAGAAUUUCUCUGACUAAUAACAACUUUGACCAGCAUUUGUUCCUUGACAGAAAUGCCAUGUUGGUGAGGAAUAGAUAAUCUGUGUUAAAUCAGCUGUAAGCAAAAAGUCUUGCCUUAUGUGCCUAAACAGAGGAAAAACCAAAUGUGGUAUAUACAAUCCUUUCUUGUUUAUUUGGCACUCUCUCCCCACCCCACUUGGAUUUGUGGAUGGCACUCCUGGAUUUUUAUUUAAUUGAUUUGGGAGGUGCAGAGCUUUCAGAAAUUAAGGCACCUUUCACAAGCCCAGAUUUUUCUUAAAAGCAGUUUCUUUGCUGCCAUUGUUUACAUGUUCUCUUGCAUGCUUCUGCAAAAGUCAAUGAACACUGUAAAGUGGAAAAACCAAAUAGUAUGUUUUAAGGAUUUUGUGUUUAUAGAUAUGUUUAAUGAAUCCUACAGUUGUGCAGAUAUUGGGGAGUCAUAAAAAUUACUUGUUUUAGUAGAAAAAAAAAACUAAUCAUUUUAUAACGGGCACUAACUUUAUGUAUAGGGACAUUGAUAUAAUUAAUCAAAGUUCUUUAAUUGCUGAACUCUCAGGAAUGUAUUUUAAGAAAUUAGAUGGGGAUACAGUUAACAAAUAUUUAAACAUUUCGUUGCUUUUUAAAAUUCUGCUGAAGAUUAAGAGUCCCUUAAGUGUAUGUUCUAUUUAUUUGCAGGCCUUAGUUUUGUUGCAAUUCUGUCAUCAGGUAAUAUAUAUAUUUUGUCAGUUGUAAUAAAUAAAUUUCUUGAUAUAUUUAUCUA